GUUCUUGCAUUUUAUGUGCACUUGCUCUACAGAACUCAUCAUCGCCAUUAAAAUAGACUACAAAUAGGUAGCUCAUUUUGUUGAGUUAAGUCAGCUCCAACAGGUUCAUAAACGAAGAGAAAAUUUAGAGCAGCUAGUUAAGAGGUUGUGAUGGGUGAGAUGAUGAAGUGGCUGAAUGAAUGGCAUCCAGCUUUUCUUAUGGUAGCCAUUAAUUUUGCUUUAGCAAUUGUAAAUAUAUUGCACAAGAAAGUUAUUGAUGGCGGAAUGGAUCAUCUCACUCUUAUUACAUAUCGACUGUAUAUUUCGGUACUUGUCUUAGCUCCCAUGGCUUAUUUCCUGGAGAGGAGGACUAGGCCUAAAAUGACAUUUCGAGUACUAUGUCUCUUAUUCGUAAGCGCCAUAUUAGGGUUGACACUUACAUCAUACCUUUUCCUUGUUGGUCUUCAAAAUACAACGGCAACAUUUAUCUGCGCCUUCGUCAACAUGGUGCCCGUCAUCACAUUUCUAAUGGCGUUACCUUUUGGGCUAGAAACUGUGAAUAUGAGAAGUAUGAGUGGUAACGCGAAGGUUUUAGGUACAGUUGUAACUGUAUGCGGCGCAAUGGUACUGACCCUUUACAAAGGAGUGCAGUUAACAAACUUUUCUGAUUCAGGAGAAACAACGUCAAUUCAUCACAGUACAAUUAAUCACAUAAAUUGGUUGUAUCCAAACAACAGAACUGAACGUUGGACGAUUGGAACAAUAGCUCUGGUUGUUGGUACACUAUUAUGGUCUUCGUGGUUUCUUGUUCAAGCCAAGAUAAGUAAAAUCUACCCUUGUCAGUACUCUAGUACUACUAUUACGUGUUUCUUGGGUGCCAUUCAGUCAACUCUUUUCAGCCUAGCUACAAACCGUCAAGAUUUUUCUCCAUGGGUUCUUAAAGGAAAACUUCAGAUCUUAACUGUCUUAUACUCGGGGAUUGUAGGGUCAGGUUUGAGCUUUGUGGGUAUGUCAUAUUGUGUAAAGAAAAGAGGUCCUGUUUUCACUGCGACAUUUAGUCCUCUAAUUCAAAUCGUAGUAGCCACGAUUGGUUUUUCGAUACUGGAUGAACCACUUCAUCUUGGAAGUGUGCUGGGAUCGAUUCUCAUUAUUGUUGGUUUAUAUAUACUUCUAUGGGGUAAGAAUAAAGAAGCAAAUGCUCGAGCAACCAAACAAAUUGAAGACGUCAAAGCUCACGACGAGGAAGAUCAAGUGAUAGCUAAGGUGUAUCAAACAUAGCUUGUGCCAAAGGGCAGACCUCAUAUAUUGUGUCUACUGUUGUGUUUUUAUCCACUUUAACUACACCAAACUGAAAAGGGGGACUUCUUGCCAACUUCUAAGAUCUAGCUAACAUGAUCGUUGAACAAUGGUGGUUAAUAGCUUAUAUCCUGUUCGGAACCGGAUGGUGCUAUGUGUUUAACAUGCGCUACAUGUAUAGUUUUCACUUUAUUCAUAAGUCAUUAAGAUAGCUAAAGGGGGACUGAACUAACCAAAAAAGGAAAAUUCAAGAUUUGAGUUGGUCUCUUCACAAUACUUGGUUCUUGUUAAUUAGUCGUUAAAAUGUACCACUUCAUUAGUUUCAUGCCUACCUCAGUUUGUUACAGUAUAGAUUAGGAGUUCUCAACAAGUAUAAAUACUCUUCGUAAUCUAUUUGUUUCCGA